AUGCCAAAGGCACAUACAAAUUAUGCUGUGCACCUUCUACAGUGGCCCGUCAUCAGGGACCUAGUAUCGCAGGCGUGCGACCCGCAAGCACUGAUGCAGACUAAAUUGGCACGUCCGCCGCUCGACCUCCAGCCGCCUUAUUCACUAGAUCUAGAUCUUGCUGGCAAGCCAUCGUCAUAUACCCGAGCGUUCUUUGAGAAGGUCAACGUGUGGUAUGCCGUGGUCGAUCCUUACUCAUGGCACGCGCACUUCCGGACAGCUUCAGCAGUGGGCUUCCGUUCAGGCGCAGAGACCUGUGUUGUACUGCUGGUGUUGGCCCUGGGCCAAGCGGCGCAUUCUGGCCACAGCAUUUCUCGUCUACCAGAAGCCUGGCUGGUACUGCCAAGCCUAAUGAUCAGGAACGAUGCGCUAAGUGCUCAGUGCCAUAUCCUGGCGGCAGCUUAUCUCUUCUACGUCGUCCGACCACUUGAGGCGUGGAACCUUCUUAGUAAUGCUUCGAUCAAGCUUCAGCUGCUGCUUGCCAACCAGAGUGCUAUACAACCUCAAGUCAAAGAGCUCAGCGAGAGAGUAUUUUGGAACGCACUCAUGAUCGAGUCCGAUCUUCUCACUGAGUUGGAUCUACCGCAUUCAGGAAUUGUGCAAUUUGAGGAUAGCAUGCGUCUACCUCGAAGCUUUCCAUACGAUGCGACCAUUGCCAGAGCGGACGAGCUACCUGGGAAUGACGACCUGUGGUAUUUCUUGGCAGAAAUUGCGCUGAGACGCCUGCUCAACCGCGUCUCUCACAUGAUCUACAGCCAGAAACGCACUUCCAUUUCGUCACUUGAACCAGUGGUGGUUGAAUUGGAUUUUCAGCUCAAUCAAUGGUACGAAGGACUCCCCCCAUCGAUACGUUUUCCUCGUGAGCGAUUGCCGGCCCGCGACCAAGUUCAAACGGUCCUCCGUCUACGCUACUUUGCAUGCCGCACCAUUAUCUUCCGACCGUAUAUACAAGCUGUGCUGCAAGACGAGACUCUUGCCCAAGAACCAGCGGUGCAGAUGGCGUGCCGAGAGUGUCUUGAAGCAUGCGUCCGACAACUUGAGAAUAUAUCCGCACAUCAUGAUGGACACCUGCCAUAUCUUUGGCAAGGAGCUCUAUCAAUCACCAGUCAGACGCUUUUGCUCAUGGGUGCAACUCUCUCGAGCGUCCUGUCUAGCCUUCUGCCAUCGAGAGCACAGAUAGAUGUGGUCAUCGACGACCGCCAAGCAUCAGGCUAUGUGCUGACAUUGUCAAAGAAGCUGAAGACAGGAGACAAAGCUGCCGACACCAUCUUUCUUAGCUUGGCAUUACCAGACCUGAACACGCAUUGCCAUCUUCCAAUGCCAAGACAAGACAGGCCAUAUUUCCUACUAGCUACGGAACUGGAACUCCUCAAAUCUAUGUUUGCUGACCAAGUCGAUUACGAUACCAAAGGACGCGAAGUUGUCUACGGCACAGAUUCUGGGGCGCUUCGCGUCCGACUUCCAGAUGGAUAUCUCCAAGAUGCUCUCCCAGACGUCGUUUCAGCAAGCAUAGGCAAGACUGAUAUUCGAGACAAGAUGAAACAGCGCAUUGCUGGCUUUGGGCCUGGAGAUGGAAUUUUGGACUCCAUCAUCAUGGCCUUCAACGAGCUCAUCGAUCAUGUUACGGCCACUGAAAACAUCAUCACCGACCAAAAGAUCACUCAGCCUGACAACACCUCGAAAGCCACCAUUGUGGUCUGGCUACAUCAUUUGCUCAACACCAGCAAGCGCAAACAAUGUCUUCAUCCCCCUUCAGCCGGUAUCUCGGGAGUAACAAAGCCCGGGUAUUGUAAAGACUGUGUGUAUCCGGGCGUGUUGGUGUACUCUGGUCCAUCUACCGCGGUGCGCGAGCAUGUCAACGAGCUUAAAGCGUUGAAUUGGGCUGCCUUCCAAGUUCGACUCGAGCAGGAUCAUGAGUGGAAGUUCAAGCACGGCGAAGGAGUGGUCGAAGUUGAGAGUAUGGGCGAGGUAGUGACGGAGAUUGACGUAGGAGAUGAUGGGAGGAAAGAUAUGUUCCUGGAGGCGAUGAAGAUGAACUGUCCAUGCUACCCUGGCGAGGACUUCUCAUUAGAGUCGCCCUCCAAAGGGUGUGCUUGCCCUUGCCCCGGCCCCGUGAACACGAUGGCUCUGAAAGACGACGGCUCCAUGGACGCGGCGACCAGCGACACAAUUUGCGAUUGGGAGCUAGGGCUCGACAUUGGACGGGCACCGCUGGCAUGUCACGCCAUUGAACGAUCAUCCUCGCAUGGGAGACCGUCCAGAACAAGCCAAACUCAAGAUCAUUCUUGGAGCGGCGAUAAACGCAACAUGCGCGCCAUCAAUGUAGAAAACAGAGUGUAG